AUGGAGAAGGCGACGACUGAAAUUCGGAUGGAUCGGGACUGGUGGAGUAAGCGGAACGACUACAACGGCGAUCAAAGUUUGGAUGACUCGGGAUGGAAGGACGAUGGGAAGGCGACGAUCAAUAAUUGGAUGGUUCGGGAUUGGAUUGGACAGGAAAAUUCGACGAUUGUAAGAUGGAUGGCUCGGGAUUGGCGAAGAGAAGAACGACGACAACGGCGACUGAAAUUUGGAUGGCUCGGGAUGGAUAGUUGGAUGAGAAGGCGGCGAUCAAAAUUGGAUGGCUCGGAUUGGCGGAUGCUGCAAAACGACGACGACGAUCAAUGGAUUCUGGGGGAAAUGCGACGAUUGAAACAAGGAUGGUUCGGGAUUGGUGGAGGAUGCAGAACGACGUCAUCGACGAUUGAAAUAUGGAUGGCUCUGGAUGGAGUAAUUUCUUCAUAA